AUGCCAUCACAAGGUGCAGUCAUGCCGGGCGAGACACGAAACAAGUCCGUGACGCAGUCCGGCGCCUAUAAACCGUACAUUCUCGAUAUGGAUCGAGAAUGGUGGCGGGAAAUUAUCAUCUAUGAGAUCUAUGUGCAGUCCUUUCAGGAUAGCAAUAACGAUGGUAUCGGUGAUCUACGCGGCAUCAUUCAGCGGCUGGAUUACCUGAAGGAUCUCGGUGUAGACAUGGUCUGGUUGACUCCUAUUUAUGCAUCACCCCUUGAAGACCAGGGUUAUGAUAUUGCAAACUACAAGGCAAUCAAUCCUAUUUUCGGCACUAUGGAGGACUGGGACGAGCUUUGCGAAGAGCUCCACAAGAGAGGUAUGAAAAUGAUGAUGGACAUGGUGUUCAACCACACCAGCUCUCAGCAUGCAUGGUUCCUGGAGUCAAAGAAAAGCAAGGAUAACCCGAAGCGUAACUGGUAUUUCUGGAGAAAAGGGAAGACUGGCAAACACGGGGAGCGCUUGCCUCCGAACAAUUGGGAGAGUUUAUUCGGAGGUCCUGCCUGGAAAUAUGAUGAGUCUACUGACGAAUGGUACAUGCACUUGUUCUCCCCAUCUCAGCCAGACUUGAACUGGGACAACCCGGAAGUGCGAGACGCCAUUUACGACGUGAUUGACUUCUGGGGCAGUAAGGGAACAGAUGGAUUCCGUUUUGAUGUUAUCAAUCUUGUCUCCAAGACACCUGGUCUUCCAGAUGCACCCAUCACAAGACCGGAUAAAUUUGAGCAGCCAGCUGUUCCAAUGUUUACCAAUGGCCCAAAUAUCCACAUAUACAUGCACGAGAUGAACCGAAAGGUCCUGAGCAAGUACACCAACUGCACAGUUGGUGAGAUGCCCUGCGGCGUAGACGAAUAUGAGUCAAGCCAGUAUGUAGCCAAGGAGCGCCAGGAGCUUUCUAUGGUCUUCCAGUUUCAUCACAUGGAUCUGGAUGGGGAGGGGGGCGAUAAGUGGGAUCCUCGUCCAUGGGAACUCUGGGAGCUUGAGAAGGUAUUCAGAAUCUGGCAGCAACAUAUGCUUGGUAACAAUGGUUGGAAUUCUCUUUAUAUGGAGAAUCAUGAUCAAGCCCGGGCCGUGUCGCGAUUCGGCAACCCCGAUCCACGUUACAGGGCAGUGUCUGCAAAGAUGCUAGCCACAAUACUGCUGAGCCUCAGGGGAACCCCGUUCCUCUAUCAAGGACAGGAACUGGGCACGCCUCAUCCGCAGAACUGGAAGAUUGAACACUAUGAUGACGUUGAGACGCAUGAAUAUUACAAAGCUCAGUAUAAAGCACGCAAGAAGAUGGAUCCCUUGAGAGAGCCCGAUAUGUCCGACGUGAUGUAUGUCAUCCGUCUGAAAGGCCGUGAUAAUGCACGCACACCCAUGUUGUGGGAUAAUACGCCUAACGGAGGCUUUUGUCCCCCUGAGGUGAAGCCGUGGCUACGGAUGAACGAAGAAUACGCCGAUUUCAAUGUCGAGACUCAGACGAGAGAUCCCGACUCGGUCUUGAAUUAUUUCAAGAAGCUGAUCCAUAUCCGCAGACAACACCCGCUGAUGUCUUACGGAGCUUAUAUCCCCAUCAACCCAACUGAUCCAAAGGUGUUCUCGUUCCUACGAACACAGGGGCCAUGGCGCAGCCUGGUCUUUUGCAACUGGUCGGCGGAUCCUUCUUGCUUCGAGAUCCCCGAGGAAAUCGACAUCGACCUAGCCGUGAUGCUGGUCGCCAACUACGAAGUGAAGGAAUGGGUUCUUCCUCGGAACGUCAACCUGAGGGCAUAUGAGACUCGGGUUUACUCACUCCGUAACUAA